UCGAGCCCGCGGUCUCGAGCCCAGUAUGUUGUGUAGAGCGAAAAUAUGAGGUGAACUCGCUCGCACAGUGUUAAAGUGUAAAAAAUCAGUGAAACAAAUGGAAGAAAUAAUAAAAUAGUGCAUUUUAAAAGCUAGUGCUUGUGUCGCAAUGAUGUGAAGUGGUGCAGUGUGAAGUUUCCUCCUACCGUUCCAGUGCGACAACAUGAAGUUGAAACGGCUGUGUUGUUUUUUUGUGAAAUAGUGUCUGUGCGCCAAAAAACAAAAAUUCCUCAAUGUGGUGUUUAGGGCAAAAUGGUCAGAGAGACUAGACAUUUGUGGGUAGGAAAUUUGCCCGAUAACAUACGAGAAGACCGCAUACGAGAACAUUUCAAACGGUAUGGCCGCGUGCAGAGUGUCAAAUUGUUGCCGAGGGGCGCCAAGGAGGAGGCGGGCGAGAGCGCGAUGGCGUGUACGGUGGCGUUCAUGGACAUCAAAAGUGCGUCCAAAGCCCACAACGCCGAACAUAAAAUUGACGAUAGGACUCUGACCACGGAGUACUACGAACCUGCUGCCAUUCCGUCCGCUGCUUCACCGCAGAACACGCCCUCCUCGUAUUCUACCUCUCCGGGUAGCACCAGAUUUCCCAACGGCCACGGGUCGACAGAAGAACAUGCGAAUUUCGGCGACCGCUUCUACGAAAGACCCAACAACAGGGUAACCGAAGGUGAAUUUAUCCGUCGAACGAACUACCAUGAUAAUUGUAGGGGACGUAAUAGGGAACGAAGUUACAGAAAUGGCCCCUACAAUGCGAUCAUGGAUCGAUCUCAUAGGACUCUCAAUAAUUCUUGGUCAUACGACUCUACAAGGUACAAUAGUCAAAACGAAACAGGGUAUGUAUCGACACCUUCGGAUAGCAACGAGAGGCGGUCGUCCGACCAAAGUACAAAGAAAAAAGCGAAAUCAAGAUCCGGAAGUAGGUCGCCUUCGCCAUCGGGCAGCACAUCCAGCAGGUCACCCUCCAGGUCGAGAUCCAGGAGCAGCAGCAGUUCGUCGAGUUCAUCAACGUCGCGGGACACGAGUUCGAGCAGCGAGAAGCGUCCUGUGGCCAUCCGCGUGAAAAACCUUCCCCCUCGGUCGUCCGACACGUCGUUGAAGGACGGCCUUUUCCACGAGUACAAAAAACACGGCAAGGUGACUUGGGUGAAGGUGGUAGGCCAGGGUUCGGAGCGCUAUGCCAUCGUCUGCUUCAAGAAGCCGGAGGACGUGGAGAAAGCCCUGGAGGUCAGCUACGACAAGCUGUUUUUCGGGUGCAAGAUCGAGGUGGAGCCCUACCAAGGCUACGACGUCGAAGACAACGACCUACGGCCGUACGAGGCCGAAAUCGACGAGUUCCACCCGAAGGCGACGCGGACUCUUUUCAUCGGUAACCUGGAGAAGGACGUUACCGCAUCUGAUCUCAGGAAACAUUUCGAUCUUUUCGGCGAAAUUAUUGAAAUUGACAUUAAGAAACAAGGGGCUGUGGGUUCAUACGCGUUUUGUCAGUACUCGGACAUAGUGAGUGUAGUGAAAGCGAUUCGUGCGAUGGACGGUGAACAUUUAGGUAAUAAUCGAAUUAAAUUAGGUUUCGGGAAGUCGAUGCCGACGAAUUGUGUGUGGGUCGACGGUGUAGUCGACGUCAAUGAAAAGUACCUGAGGAUACAUUUCGAGCCGUUCGGUUCGAUCAGCAAAGUGCAUGUCGAUAGGGAUAAGGGACAGGCGCUCAUUUUUUACGAGCAAGUGGUGGGGGCGCAAUUGGCAGUGAAUAAAAUGAGGGGGUUUAGUGUCAAGGGGAGCAAAAUUCAGGUUGAUUUUGCCAGCAGGGAGUGCCAGGAAUCGUUCUUCGAACAUUUAGAGAAACAAGGAACCGUACUCGAUAGAACAGGGUUUGAGGAGAGGAGGGAUUCAGUCUCUAGAACCUUCGAUGCUACCACCAACAGAUUUUCCAGAUAUGAUACCCCAACAAGACCUCGCACAUCCUCCUACAGCAGUAGGUCAAGCGCGACAGCAAGCCAAGUCACAUCUGCUAUACCAUCCCCCGGAACACCAGGUUCCGUAACACCUAGAGGAAGCGGCUCCCGUUCCCGGAUAGCCCGUUUUGCCGAAUACUACGAUCAAACGGGCGAAUAUGGACCGGAACGCCACUUUCGCAACUACGACGAAUACAGUCAAGGUUCCGCUGCUUCACACGAGGACGGAUACGAACACGAAUAUCCUUACAACAGCCCUACACAUACCGAACCUGUAGAAACUAGGACUGCACCGGCUGUGGUCGCCGAUCACACGAACACGUCGUUCGUUCAACCAGACAUCCGAAAUCUCCAGAAAGAACGCGUGCAUCUCUUGGAACAGCUGGAGGAGUGCCCCAGUUCAGGCGACGAACUGAUCAGCCCGAAGAAACGAUUAAAGCUAGACCUGCUGGAGAAUUCGACAACUAGUGAUGUGAUCAUAGAAGCAAAUAGGGAUCAUCGGAAAGUGAUGGAGGUGAGGCGGCUCUCUGAUCCCAACGUGAAGCAUCAUUCAAGGAGGCCGUCUGUCGACAACAAGCACACACGAGAUGUGACGCACGACCGAGGUAAUACCUACCUACCACACCCUAUCUGCAAAAGACGCAAGACCGCCGGCAGCGACAGCGGCUCGAGGACCCACCACUACGACCAUUCCGGAUCGGAGAGCGUAGGCGGUUCCAGGCCGGGCACGCCACUGGUGGACGAGCGUCCUGAGCAUUUCACCCCCAGCGAGCCUCGCAGAAUCCCGCGGGAGCGGGAGGGCCCCCUGACUCUGCCGCUUCCGCGGUUCGCGGCGCAGGUCCUGAACCGCGGCAGCGUCUCGGUGGCAGGAAUCAAAGGCCAGAAAGACAACGUCCUAUCUAGUCCCCCGCCGGCGGUUACGAGCCCCCGCAUUUCGAAUCCUAAGCCGCCUAGUCCAGUGCACGUCCCACCGCCGGCAUCGCCGCCUCCGCGCCCACCCAGUCUCAGCUCGAACUCGAGUGAUAGCGACAUCACACCGCCCAGUCCGUCUCUGGACGAGCGAAUACGGUCGCUAGUCGAAAAGUACGAGAAAUGGUCCGGCUCCAGGGCGCUAAGUGCCGCCGGAGGCGAUGCCCUCGCCAAGUCGGAUGCAACGAGGGAGAAGUUCAGGUUGAGGCAUAAAUUGCUGGAUUUAGAUCUAAAGGAGGUGCAGCCUUCGGAAAUUGUCAAGUCUGUGAUGGCCAAGAGGUCGGUUUUCGACGAGGAUUUGAAGAGGUUGGAAAACGUUGGGGAAAAAUACGAACCGAAGGAAUUCAGUUCGUUUCAAAGGGUCGUGAGCAAUGUCCAGAUUUCUAUACCACCACUACCUUCAUCGGCACCGCCAAUUCCAACCGCUACUCAGCUACCCAAAACUCCUACGAUGCUUUCCCCAAGAUCUGCUGGUGCUAACGUGACAGCAGCCAAAGGUCUCCAGUACCCUUUUCCGAGUCACCCGCCAAUCCAACUGACGCCCCCAGUACUCCACCCGCAAGCACCACCCGGCACGCCCACCACGCCGACGCCAACGACGUCAGCGACGCUCCCAACGCUCCCACCAGCGUCGACCACAAGUACAAUAACCAGGGGCGCCAACCACGGUGACAACAGACUCAAACCGUGCACGAGUGUCUCUAGUGAUAAUCGAACAUCUAGCAAAGUGAAUGUAAAUAGAAGUGGUGUAGUGUCAAAUCUAGCACCGGUAAAAACUAGUGACAAAAACAGUGUCAACAUUCCUAACGCAAGUGACACUAAUGCGACGCAGUCUGCGCUCGGCAAUGCUUGCGUGCCGACGACGGACAAACUCACCGGGAAAACAGUGAAAACCAGCGACAAAACUAGUGACAAGGUGACGUGUCGGAGGGACUCCAACAGCGGCUCGCCGCGCGGUGACGUCAAAAGUAGAAGAAAUAGUGAUGCGGGCGUACGGAGAGUAGAAGAUAACGAUAAAUAUAGUGAUUCUAGUGGUGAUAAACAAGAAGAACGAGUCAAAGCCGACGAAAAGAAAGAACAUCAGAGGCUAGAGAAAGCCCGUCUGGAAAACGAGAGGUUGGAGAGAGAGAGGUUAGAGAAAGAACGUCUCGAGAAAGAAAAGCAAGAGAAAGAGAGGCUAGAAAAAGAGAAACUAGAAAGGGAAAGGUUAGAGAGGGAGAGUGAACUCGAGAAAGAAAGGUUAGAAAAGGAAAGACUCGAAAGAGAAAGGCUAGAACGGGAGAGGCGGAGGGAGCGCGAGGAACGAGAACGACGAGAAAGAGAAGAAAAAGAACGAAGAGAACGAGAAGAGCAAGAGCGUCAAGAGCGCGAACGGCGGGAGUUGGAAGAGAAACUAAAGCGCGAAGAAGAAGAACGUACCGAAAGGGAACGUCUAGAAAAAGAAAAAAUCGAGAAAGAGCGAUUAGAAAGAGAAAGAAAGAGAGAUGAGGAGAAGAAACACAAGGAGGACAAUCACGAUAAGAGGAAAGAAGAACACAGGCACCGAGAGAAUCACAGUGACAGUAAACAUAGAGAUAAUAAUCACUUACACGACAACAAAAACACCAAAGAACACGAUAGUUUCAAAAAAGAUUCUCACGAGUCUCGGAGUAGUCAUGAAAAAAGUCGACAUCACAUAGAACGAGAUGCCGAGAGGAGAAAAGAAAGCGUCAAAGAAAACAGAGAUAACAACGUUCACGAGAAGCAGAAGAAUUUUACGAAUGACAUGCGCGAAAAUAAGAUUGAAAGUAGGCACAUGAGCAUCGAUUUCGACAGAACUAAAUCGUACGAUAGUCUAAAUAAAAGCGAAGCCAACAAACGAAAAGAAAGAAACAACAGUUUACCUGCGAAUGUAGGGGUCAAAAGGAGAUUGAGUUCUCAUGAUUCCGUUGAGAAUAUUGAUGAAAUUAAGAAAAUUAAGCUCAGUCAAGAUCACAAAAAAUUGAGCGAACGCAGAGACUCGAAAGAUAGUAACAGAUCCGACGAAAAAACAAAAAGCAAGCACAAAAAUAACAGUAAAGUCUAUGAGGACAAAAUUAAACACAACAACACGAAAGAGAGUGAAGAGAAGCGUAAAGAUCGUGACGAUAAACAUAAAAGCAAACAACAGAAAACUGAGAAACACAAAAUCAAGAGUAAAAGUCGAGAGAAGGAAUGUCGAGAGUCUCCUAGUACUCCAAAGAGUCCCAUUAAAGAAUUGACUGAUAAAGAUUUUUUGGCCAGAUUGGAUCUCCGAUCUAACGAAGAAAUGGAAAAACAAAAACAACGGAAAGAAAACAAGGAAAAGAAAAAACUCGACGAAGAAGACAAGAAAGAAAAAGAAGAAACCAAGAAAUCUGAAAAUCGAAGGGACAAACAUUCGAUAGAUAAAUGUAAAUCCCGCGAAGAAAAUACAACACCCAAAAGCGAUGACAAAAAGUGUCAGAGAAAAGAUAGAUCAAGAAAACUUACUCAGAACAGUUCCGAUAAUUCUGAUUCCGACGAACCAAAGAAACAUUCGAUAUUUGAUAUCGUCGACGAUGAACCUGCAUAUAUUUCCAUGUACGAUAAAGUGAAGGCAAGAAGUUGCAAAAAUAUGCAGAAACAAGAAGAGGAAAAACGGCAAGAGAAAAUUAAGGCAAAGUUCAGUCAGUUAAAGCAGAGUCGUGCUAAACGUGAAGAAAAGAAACGUUCUACUUCGUGGGACGAGGAUUCAGAUUCUGAUCGAGAGCGGUCAGAAAAUAGACUAGACCAUAAAACGAAACGACCUAACAAAAUGUUGAUCAUGAGUUCUGACGAAGAAGAACCUACUCGCAAAAGUCACAAGAAACGUGAAAUCUAUUCAGAUUCCGAUUCAGAACGACCGCGACAAAUUAAGUCCGAACAUAACGAAACCAGUGAAGACGACCGUUUCAGAAGCAAACUACAGAGGAAAGGUUCUAAAUCUCGAAUUACGAGUGACACAUCCGAUGAUGAGAUAAAAAAAAUUCAGAACCCAGUUAAAUUGGAAAUUUUCUCAGAUAAUGAGGUCGAUCAAGGUUUUGCAGACUCUGAAGAGAAGCCGUUUAAAGUUAAAGACGAAUAUAAUAGAAUCAUUAAAAAAUCGCGAGACAAACAUCAAGAUUCCAUCGUAGAUCAGAUGAAUGCUCAGAUAUUCGGUGAUUCCAACUCACCUGUUCUAGAUAUUAAAACGGAACGAUUCAAUAAUAGACAUUCGUUUGGCGAAAAUUCUUCCGGCGAAGAAAACAUCGAAAAGAAGGAAAGGACAGAAAUCAGAAAAAAGCACAAAAAGAAACAGAAACGCCAGAAACAUUCGCUUAGUAGCGAGGAAUGCAACAAACUCGAAACAGUCGUUGACAGCAUUCUCACAGAAUGUACGGAAAAAUCUAAACAUCAUGAUAAGAAAAAGCAACACAGUAAGAAAGACAAGAAACGAGAUAAGUCAAAAGACGAAAGAGAUAAAUCCAAAAAAUCUAAGAAAAACAAAUCAGACAUUAAAUCAGAUUUAAAACGUGAUGGAAAAAUGGAAAAUAUAUUUGGUUCAUUGUCCGAAGACUCCGAAAGCGGAAUCAAAGAAUCAGAACAGAGUGAUCACAAAUCUAGCUUGUUUCACGAACGAUUUAACGAAUCAAACGUCCAAAGUUCCAUUUAUGCAAGCGAUUCGGAUCGCGAACCAGAAAAAAUAUUUAAGUGUGAGGAGAAAGAACGUGAAUCGAAGGAAGAACAUAGAAAACGAAAAGAGAAAAAGCGCAGAGAAAAAGAAAGGCGGCUACAAGAGGAGGCUGCCGCUGCAGAACAUAUUAAUGAGAACAGUAUGGAUUAUGCAGAUAUGGGUAAACAACUUGAAGCUAACAUUAAAGAUGAUAGCAUGGAAGAAUUGGUCAUAAAGAGUGAAGUUGAUAGUGGGCAUGAUGCCGCUGAAGAUUCGUUUAGAUUUAGUGAAACAAGUGAAUUUCAUGAUAUCAAAAAAGAGGACAGAAAAGAAGCAAGAGAGAAAAAGAAAAAGCGUAAGAAAAGUAAAGAAGAGAAACAGAAACACCACCACCAUCAUCAUCACGACAAAAAUAAAGUUAAAUCUGAAGUUAAAAAAGAAACAUCUGCGGAAGAAGUUAAAACUGAAGUUGAGGAAAAUAAGUCUCAAAAUCAAAGCUUACCGAAUUUAUUGGACACGACACCUAGUCCACCACAAAACAAAUCAUCGUCAAGUUUAGAUUUCUCAAUAUCGCCUAUACCUAGGGAAAGUCUUAUAAGCCCGAUACCUAAAACACCUACUACGUCGAAAGAGAAAAAACGAGAGAAAUUCCUACCAGGCUUUGGUGGUACUGAGAUCGAUGAAAAAAUUCACGAAAAUGCCGUUAAAUCGAUUUCAGAAUUUGAAACACCAGUAGAAGUAACCAAAAAGGUUGAAGAACCUAAAACAGAACCGGUUGUGGAAAGCACAGAAGACAAGCCUCGUGUUGUAAUAUCACAAGAAGAAACCGAGGAUGCAGUCGCAGCUCUUCUAGGAGAGAGUUUUGGAGGCGGACAAUUUGAAGAGUGCUACAAUGAAGACGAUAUAAAUACGACUAACGAGCAAUCUUCGAAUCUCGCCGACGACAACAUUGUGCAAGAUGAUGAAGAAAUGAGACAAGCUGUGCAAAGUUUGAGCGCGGCUGAUAUCGAUGUGAAGCCUGAAACUCCACAAAGCGAACACGAAUUGCAGAUCGAUACUGAUACAGAAGAACAAGAAGAGACGACGGUACGAUUUGAACAACCACCGAAGACACCCGAAAUUACGGAACCAGCACCCACACCAAAGACACCCGAAAUAUCAAAUUACUACGCUGGUGAAGAGCAGAAAGUCGUUGUUAAGGCGACACCCAAUAUUGGAAGUCCACCAUCUCUUACGCCUAUUAAACCACAGGCACCAGUUCCUAGUGAAAUUAAGAAACCAGAAGAACCGAAAACUGCUUCUUUAAGCUUGCCCAUUCUGCCCGAUCAAUCUCGGUCAGUAAUUUCGCAAGCUUGGAAUAUAGAAAGAAAAGAACCACCGAAACCGGAAUCUCCAAAAGUAACAUCAACAACGCCACCUGUAACACCAACACAAACUAAAGUCACUGCCGUUUCUUUAAGAACAUACGGAAGUCCUCCAGUUGUUAAAAUAUCUGAACCAACUUAUCCUCCACUGGCCGCUUUAACAAAGCAAGAACACCCUCAGAUUUCAACGGUUCCGGAACAGAUUAAGUUACAAACUUAUCCGGUCUUACAACCAAAUCAAAAAUCGAUCCAUAAUAUACAAGUUUGUACACCAAUAACUCAGAAGAACUUGCCUAGUAGUUCCGCCGACUCUCCCGUUUCGAUGCCGACGAAGUUGGCUACCAGUACCAACCUUUCUCUCAGUAGAUUACCAAUAACACCCAUCAUGGUCUCAAAGCCUCUGCAAGCUACCACUGUACUGUUACCGCAAGCGAAGAUCGCUCACAGUUUAGAACCACCAGUUUUGGUUUCAACUUCUGACCCGAGACCACCACAAGAACGACCGAGAAUGGUCUUUCAGACCGCUCCAAAUGCUACAUCUCAUUUUACUAAUAUUGUACAGAGUCAGCCCAGAAUGGUGGUUCAAGCUAAUGUUGCUGUCAGUCGAUCUUUGCCACCUCAAGGUUUACUAGUACCCGCAAGACAGCUACCACCUACUUCUUACAGUUACUUGGGUAACAUACCAGCAACAAAUUACGGUUUGACUCCUACAGUAACUAAAGAUAAUAUGCUAGCACAAUCCGACAAAAACGACGGUAAAAUUGUGUCUACAACACAAAAUAAUGUUAAACAAACAAUCAUCAUGUCGACUCAUUCGCAUCUGAGUCAAAGUAACACCGUAAACACUUCAAAACCGUUCAUGCCGGUAAUUAAAGAAACACCACCAAAAUUAGUUAGUAUACCCGAAGUUCGAGUGUCGCAGCCUACAAUCAUUCAACAAACGACCAAACCGCAAUCUCACGUUCCAGAAAACGUUCCUAAAGAAGUUGAGAAAGUGGAACCAGAUCAAUUGAAAGUUUCAGUGGACGUUACAAGAACGUCUACUCCCAGUCCAGUAAUAGUACAAACACCUCCAAAAGAACCAGAGAAGAAACCAGAAACUCUUCCACCUACACCACCACCCUCACAAAAUGAAGAACCACUCAAACAACUAGCUAUCGAGAAAGUUACAGAAGAAUUAAAUCUUACUCUAAAGAAAGAAGUGGUAGAGGUUAAAGAGGAAAAGCCUGAAAUUAAAGAAGAACCUAAAACGGAAAAUGUCGAACAGCCUUCUAAAGAAGUUAAAACGGAAACUGAAGAACCAAAGUUGGAGACUAUUAAACAAAAUCCAACUGAGUCUGGUUCUCAACCUGUCAAAGAAACCGAUGAAGAAAAAGCUGAUACUGAAAGCGUACUAAGCGAUAUUAGCAAAGAACGUUCUAGCGCCGAUAUUUUAACAUCAAAAGAUGAUCCCUUGGACAACAAGGAAGAUAGUGAUUAUUGGUCAGCUAAAGAAGUGAACAUCGACUCUGUUAUCAAAACUCUAUGUUCCGCGGACGAAUUAUCCGAUCACAGUAGCGAAACUGGUAAAGACGAAUGGUUGGACGAUAGUAAGGGUGAAGAUAUCAAAUCCGAAGAUUCUCCGAAAAAGGAAGAAGUGUGUGACGAAAUGACGGAGAACUUUGAUGAAACACAUGAAAAUGAUGAGAAAGAGACAACUCCUCGUAGUGGAGGUCGUCGUGGAGGGAGAGCUCGAGGCCGUAAAACACGCACCGGAUCUGAUAGAAGUGGCAUUCAAACUCGACGUGGCGGCAAAGUUGCUAAAGAACCAGUGACUCCAUCCAAACGCGGAGGACGUGGUGGAGGCAGGCAGAAAGGAGAACGGAAAUUGUCAAAAUCUGAAUCUGAGAUCACGUCUGAUGUAUACGAAUUCCGUGACGAUUCAGAUGAAAAUAAUGCAAAUAAAGAAAGACCUAGAUUAAUAUUGACUAUUAAAUCUCCAGCUGCUGUAAAUCCUCAACCAGUGGUCAAAGAAGUCGUAAAAGAAGUGAUUAAAGAACCGUCACCGAAACCGACCGAAACCAAAGAAGAAUUCUUAUCACCUGUUGCCAAUACAAGAAAAUCUAGGCGGCUACAGGAGCGCGACGUAUUGCGCAAUACUGUUGAUGAUACUAUCGAAGACGUUGUUCGAAAUACUGUGAUGGUGACGAGGUCAUCAACCAAUCAAACCGCUAGGCGCUCAGCCAGACAAGCUGCGGCGCAUAAAGUACUUCCUGAAACUCCUAGAAAGUCACCCAGAGGAAAUAGAAAGAAAGAUCGAAGAACGUCAGAUCCAUCUGAAGAUUCGUCAGAGGAAAAGUCUAAGAUUGAAGUUGAAACGAAAGCAGAAUCCGACAGUGUUGAGGCUGAAAAACCCAAAGAAAUUGAAAAGGAAGAACCCAAAGUAGAGGUGAAAGAGAAACCGCAUGAAGGCUUGAAGGUGAAGAUGUUGCGCAGAGUGAAAGGUGAUAUGGCUCAAGAAGCAACUAAUUUAAUUGAUCCUGUUACUGGAUUGUUGACACCUAUGAGGGAAUGUGAAGAGGGAAGGUAUAUUCCAUUGCCCAAAACAAACGAAAAUCAGCAGAAGAGCGCCAUAGUUGCACCCCAGCAGCAGGCUCAAUCCGUGUUUCAACAACAGCAUCAAAAGCAACCGCAGCAGCCACCUGUACAGUCACCACUGCAACAACAGAAACCCAAGCCCCAAAGCCUAAAAGCGCACGUUCUGUCAUCUCAAGCAGCCAAAGCUGUCGUUUCUCAACAGAUGCCCUUACAACCUCAACAACAACAGCCGCAACCUCAGCAGCUGCAACAACAUCCUCCACAGCAGCAACCUCAGACGUUGCCAGUGAAGAAGAGUACCAUCAUAGUCAGUCAACCUAUUCCCAUUCAACAACCGACGGUGGUUUCUAAAUCCAGUACCCCUUUGAGUCAAGCGUUGAACGUCAACGUUUCGAUGGCUACUUAUUCAAUACCGCACGCUUCACCACGGUCAGGCGUGCCAAUGAGCGUCUCAAAUAAGGGUAUGCCGGGCACUAAGCCUCCUAUGUUGUCCCCAGGGCAAAUGGCCGCUCUGUCGUCUCAACAGAAACAACUGUUGCAAGUCAACAAACAGCAAACCUCGACUAUUGUUACCAAGUCGCCAAUGGUUAACCCGAUUAUGACCAAUCAAACUCAGAUCAUCAAUACUCAGGUCGCCCACUUGAAACAGCAACCACAGCCAAUCAAACAGGCUGUUAUUAACAAAGCGAAACCGCCACACAACAUCCAUCAACAGCAAAUACUAACUGCAUCUGUGGCAAGUCCUCCAUUGAACAAAGGACCAAUGCACGGUCUCGUGGCUGGAGUUAGUCAAAAUCGCAUCGUACAAGGACCUCCCCAUCAGAAAGGUGUCAUGGAACCACCCAAAAUCGACGUGCCGCCCAACGUAAUUUUGGGUCCUAGAUCAAACCUCUCACCUCAAGGACAACCGAGACACGUUACCCAAUCAGGGAUGCCUGUACCUACAUAUGAAGCAAGUUUGCAUGGAGACGGGAAUUCGUAUAAUUUUCCUCCACCGGCUCACCAAAAUUCACCAUCACCUCAGGGCGACGCCAUUGCACAUUUUCCUCCGGGAGCUGUUCCAUUACGUUCUCCACACGAUUUGCCACCAGGUCACUAUAUGCAUCCUCAUGUAAUGCCGUAUCCAUACAUGCGACCGCAACCCUAUCAUCUGCCAAGAUCUCCAAUGGUGGGUGGCGGCCUCGAGAAGUCAGGAGACGGACAAGAAGGUGAAGAAGCACCCGACACGUUGCCUCCUUUUGAACUACGUCGACCAGGUUCAGUCGGUUUGGCCCUAACAGGUCGAACAGCAGUUGUUCCCCACAGUCUACACUCACCCCACGACCGGACUACAGAUUCUCCCCAAGUGGGUCAAGUGUACAACAUGCACACGCCUAGGAUGCAGCACUACCAUUCUACAGGCCCAGGCCCAUUCUACGAACAGACAGCUGAACCACCUCCAGCUCAUCGUUCUUUAACUAGUCAUGGAUCUCUGACAGCCUUGGCUAACGACAGAUCCAUUUCUCAUAUGGCUGCCUUAGGAGCACCGGAACGACCCAUGAGUGGCCAUACGCAGCCUGACAGGCCUUUAAGUAGUCACUCGGCCUUGUCGGCCCACAUAGGCAGUUUGGGUACUUCCGAAAGACCCAUAUCCACCCAUUUGCCAGAUAGGCCUCUGUCGAAUCACGGUUUGGCGAUUGGAGCAGGUUUAGGAGCUGCAGGUAACCUAAUGGGAGCCGUCGCGAGACAUAUGGGCGUUGAUGCUCCAACUAGUCAAAGGGGGCUGCAAGCGGCUACGCCUCCUCACGCCAGUCAGGUUCCAGCACAAGCUGAAAGUCUUUUCACGCUUCUGAAGCAAUAUCCAUGUAUGUGGCAAGGUCUCUUAGCACUAAAGAAUGAUCAAGCCGCUGUGCAGAUGUACUUCGUUUCUGGAAAUGAUUCGGUGGCUAAAUGUAGCUUGCCGAAGAACACUGAUGGAUCGACACCGCCUCUACGAAUAUUUCAGCGUAUGAGAUUAGAACCACCUCAAGUGGAAGGAGUUGCAAGAAAAAUGCAGAUGGAAAACGAACACUGCAUGCUGUUGGCAUUACCGUGUGGACACGAUCAUGUGGAUGUACUUAAACAAUCAACAAACUUGACCAGCGGUUUCAUCACUUACCUACAACAAAAACAAGCUGCCGGUAUUGUGAACGUUGCCGCUCCUGGAACUACUCAACCUCCGGCUUACGUCGUGCAUAUUUUCCCUUCGUGCGACUUCGUUAAUGAAAAUCUGCGUAGGAUAGCACCGAAUCUGCUCGAAAGAGUGGCAGACAUCGCCCAUUUACUUAUUGUCAUAACUACGGUGUGAUAGCAUAAUUUCAUCGAUGUGACUGUUGCAUACCUAUAUUUGAAUAUUUCAUUUUCAACUACACUUUAACACUUUAGAACAUGAUAUUGACUGGAUUUGACUAAUAACCACAAUGUGUGUCUUACUCUCACCAAUUGUUUUGGUAAAAUCUCGAAAUGUGGACGUUAUCCAAAUGGAAUUACUUAAAAAUAUAUUUAAAAGUUUCACUGUGAUUUCUUGACAAACGUUAUUUACUAUUAUUAAAAAUAAAAUAUAAAAAGCUAAAAAUAACUUACUACCUAUUUAAGAAGAUCUCAUAUUGAACUUAGUUAUGUAUACAUUUUUCUUGUUUAAAAGAUCUUUUAUUUUCGUAAAUCUGUGAACUGUACUUUCGAAAUAUAUUUACAAUAUUUGUAAGUAUAUUGCGAACGUUGACCGUUAAUUUAAUUUUAAACUUUGGGAUUUUGGUGCUUGGAAUAUUUUUUUUUAUUUUUGGUCUCAUUAACAUACUCGAUUCAGUAUGUUAAUGAGAUCCCCUUGUUUUGAUACUUUCUACCUAUGAACAGAGUGUUUAUAUUAUUUCGUUUUUCUUUGUUGUUUUUUUUUUUUUUGGCUUUAUUUCGUAGAAAGUAUGAAAAUGAUUUGUUUGCAGCGCAAUCUCAAAGUUUUUUGUUGCGGCUUCAGCAAAGCUGUACAUUUCAAAUUAAACGUUACCCGUUUGUAGUUUGAAAAUAUGGCUAAUAUAAAUAAUAAAAAGGUAUAUAGACAUAAUAUAUAAAUAUGUAGCAUAUAUGAUUAAAUGAAAAAUCAAUCAUUUUUUAAAUUACGAUGUAAUAUAUAUGUGAAUAUAGUUUAAUUUGUUAUUUUAAGCUUAUUUUGAGUUAUCGUUAAGAUGUUCUGUACAGUGUACUUUAGGCUGUAAGUAUAAGUUAGCCAGCGUUACAAAAUGAUAAUAUAGGGAACAUUGUGAUGUCUAUAUAUUACUGUAAAUUUUGUACAUAAACUGUGUAUUGUGAGUAUACAUUAUUAUAACUAUUACAACAA